AUGAAGUUGCAAUUCCUUGCGGCCGGCUGCACGCAGUCCGUUGGCAUCCGUAUGGCGCAGCGCAAAUUGUACAUGGGUCAGACCUCCUACCUGAUCUGGUCUCUGACCGAUCUCUUGGGCCUUGUCCCCCGGAUAUCAGAUGCUUCGAGGAGCAUCCGCCGCGCCAAGAGGUCUUAUGCAAUCCAGCGGUCAACACUAGUUGACCGUGACGGCCCGCCCGAUGUCUGUCUUCCCAAACAUCUGGCAGGUAUCACAAAACUUGCCAUGGUGGACUCGCUCGGCGACGGUCCGGAUUUCCAGAUCAUCAACGUUGAUCAUGUAUACAGGGGCAAAGAAGGGCCGUUACACCAGAACUCACGGCUGGGUUGGUCGCGGGCCUGA